GUAAAACCCGGACAAAUCGCGGACGUUUUAAAAACCGCCCGGACGCCUGGACAGGAGCACAAAAACCGGACGGAUGGUAAGCCUACACAUGUCCAUAGUGAGUAACAGAUAAGGGUCAGCCCUUGCUGUUGAAUGCUGUUUGCCAUGUUAAAGAUGUUGCAACUGAGAUUUAUAAGAGGGGGCUUAAGCUUCCUGGGAGUAAAACGCAUAUCUGUCAUUAGUGCUGCCUACCAGAGUACUCAGAGGGUAGAGUACAAACCCAUCAGAAAAGUUUUGGUGGCUAAUCGAGGUGAAAUUGCAACUAGAGUAUUCAGAGCUUGCACAGAACUGGGAAUCCGUACUGUGGCUGUUUAUUCUGAGCAGGACACUGGUCAGAUACACAGACAGAAAGCUGAUGAGGCCUACCUCAUUGGCAAGGGGUUAGCUCCUGUCCAGGCCUACCUGCACAUUCCAGACAUAAUUAAAGUUGCAAAGGAAAAUGCAGUUGAUGCAGUCCAUCCAGGUUAUGGGUUUCUUUCUGAACGAUCAGACUUUGCUCAGGCCUGUAUCGAUGCUGGGGUGCGAUUUAUUGGCCCAUCCGCUGAGGUUGUGAGGAAGAUGGGGGACAAAGUUGAAGCACGUGCAAUUGCCAUUCUUGCAGGUGUUCCAGUUGUUCCAGGCACUGAUGGUCCCAUCAUGUCAUUUAAAGAAGCUCACGAGUUUUCCAAUACUUACGGCUUUCCAAUCAUCUUCAAGGCAGCUUAUGGUGGAGGAGGCAGAGGAAUGAGAGUGGUGCGAAGCUAUGAGGAACUUGAAGAAAAUUACCAAAGAGCGUACUCUGAGGCACUGUCAGCAUUUGGAAAUGGUGCUCUCUUUGUUGAGAAAUUUAUUGAAAAACCACGACAUAUUGAAGUACAGAUACUUGGUGACAAAUAUGGAAAUGUGGUACAUUUGUAUGAACGUGACUGUUCUAUCCAGAGGCGACACCAGAAAGUUGUUGAGAUUGCCCCAGCAUCCCAACUGGAUCCCCAGCUUCGAGACAGAUUAACGGCAGAUGCUGUCAAGCUAGCAAAGCAGGUUGGAUAUGAGAAUGCUGGUACAGUAGAGUUCCUGGUGGAUAAGCAUGAUAAACAUUACUUCAUUGAGGUCAACUCUCGGCUUCAGGUUGAGCACACAGUGACAGAAGAAAUCACAGAUGUUGACCUGGUGCAUGCUCAGAUUCAUGUGGCUGAAGGGAGGAGCUUGCCAGACUUGGGACUGAAACAGGAUAAUAUUCGUAUCAAUGGUUGUGCUAUCCAGUGCCGAGUUACAACUGAAGACCCUGCGCGAGGUUUCCAGCCAGACACUGGACGAAUUGAGGUCUUCAGGAGUGGAGAAGGAAUGGGCAUUCGUUUGGACAGUGCAUCGGCAUUCCAGGGUGCGGUCAUUUCACCUCACUAUGACUCUCUGUUGGUUAAGGUCAUUGCUCAUGGCAAGGACCACCAGACUGCUGCUACAAAGAUGAAUCGUGCGCUGGCAGAAUUCCGAAUCCGUGGUGUUAAGACAAACAUACCUUUCCUACAAAAUGUGCUGAGCAACACCCAGUUCUUGCAUGGUAUCGUUGACACGCAGUUCAUUGAUGAGAACCCAGAGCUCUUCAACUUGAGACCUGUACAGAACCGAGCUCAGAAGCUUCUGCAUUACCUUGGUCAUGUAAUAGUUAAUGGACCAACAACUCCAAUUCCAGUGAAGGUGAAGCCCUCACCUGUUGAUCCUGUGGUUCCGAUGGUCCCAUUGGGACCACCUCCCCCAGGAUUCAGGGACAUUCUCCUGAAAGAAGGACCAGAAGGCUUUGCCAAGGCGGUACGCCAACACAAGGGUCUCCUUUUGAUGGACACUACAUUCCGAGAUGCUCACCAGUCUCUACUUGCCACCAGAGUCCGAACUCAUGACCUGAAGAGAAUUUCUCCUUUUGUGGCUCAUAACUUUAGCAACCUGUUCAGCAUUGAAAACUGGGGAGGUGCAACCUUUGAUGUGGCAAUGCGAUUUCUGUAUGAGUGUCCAUGGCGACGGUUACAGGAGCUGCGAGAAUUGAUCCCUAAUAUUCCAUUCCAGAUGUUACUGCGAGGUGCUAAUGCUGUGGGAUACACCAAUUAUCCAGAUAAUUCUGUAUUCAAGUUCUGUGAAGUUGCAAAAGAGAAUGGCAUGGACAUUUUCCGGGUCUUUGAUUCUCUGAAUUACCUCCCCAAUAUGAUCUUAGGGAUGGAAGCUGCUGGAAAAGCAGGAGGUGUAGUAGAGGCAGCCAUCUCUUAUACUGGAGAUGUAGCUGACCCUAGCAGGACCAAGUACACACUGGAUUAUUAUGUGAACCUUGCUGAAGACCUUAUGAAGGCUGGAACCCACAUUCUGUCAAUAAAGGACAUGGCAGGUCUGCUGAAACCAAAAGCUGCGACUUUGUUGAUUGGAGCCUUGCGAGACAAGUUCCCAGAUAUUCCGAUCCAUGUGCACACGCAUGACACGGCAGGAGCAGGAGUGGCUUCCAUGCUUGCAUGUGCGGCAGCUGGCGCAGACAUUGUAGAUGUAGCUGUGGACUCCAUGUCUGGAAUGACCUCCCAGCCCAGCAUGGGAGCUGUGGUGGCAUGUGCACAAGGAACUGACCAUGACACAGGCAUCCGUUUGGAGAAGGUGUUUGACUACAGCGAGUACUGGGAAGUAUGCCGUGGGCUUUAUUCAGCAUUCGACUGUACAGCCACCAUGAAGUCUGGCAAUGCCGAUGUCUAUGAAAAUGAAAUUCCAGGAGGACAGUACACUAAUCUGCACUUCCAAGCACAUAGUAUGGGACUUGGAAACAAGUUCAAGGAAGUCAAGAAAGCAUAUGCAGAAGCUAACAGGUUGCUUGGUGACCUUAUCAAGGUAACGCCAUCAUCGAAGAUUGUGGGUGAUUUAGCCCAGUUCAUGGUGCACAAUAACUUAACUCGGGAGGAGGUGGAAGAGAGAGCAGAUGAGCUUUCUUUCCCUUCAUCAGUUGUAGAAUAUCUACAGGGUUACAUUGGAAUUCCAUAUGGAGGCUUCCCUGAGCCCUUCCGUUCUAAGGUUCUGAAAGAUUUGCCUCGUAUUGAAGGAAGACCAGGAGCUACACUACCCAGCUUGGAUUUUACUAAAUUGGAGAAAGAGCUAAAGGAAAAACAUGGAGAUGAUAUCACACCAGAAGAUGUAAUGUCUGCUGCUAUGUACCCAAAGGUAUUUGAUGAGUAUAAGGAGUUCAAUUCCCAGUUUGGACCAGUUGAAUGCCUCAACACACGUCUCUUCUUGGAUGGUCCAAAGAUUGCAGACGAGUUUGAGGUGGAGCUUGAACGUGGUAAGAUCCUACAUAUCAAAGCCCUCGCACUGGGAGACCUAAGCAAGGCUGGACAAAGGGAGGUAUUCUUUGAACUGAAUGGACAGCUGAGAUCCGUCCUUGUCAAAGACACACAAGCCAUGAAGGAGAUGCAUUUUCAUCCCAAAGCUCUGAAGGAUGUGAAAGGCCAGAUUGGUGCACCGAUGCCAGGGCAAGUGGUGGACAUCAAGGUGAAAGCAGGAGAUAAAAUUGAGAAAGGCCAACAACUCUGUGUCCUAAGUGCCAUGAAGAUGGAAACUGUUGUAAAUUCACCCCUCUCUGGUAUAGUCAAAAAGGUUUACAUCAAACCUAAUAUGCAUUUGGAGGGUGAUGACCUUCUACUGGAAAUUGAGUAAAUGUCUUGUUAUAGAGAGGUGAAAUCUUUGUUCAUAUAUGCAAGCUUCAGUGAGCUUAACUCAUCUCCUUAGAAAUAGCACAUUUUGUUUACAUAUUUGUAGAAUGUUUUUGUCCAUGUUUUAACAGUCUGUUAAUUGUUGAACUAUUGUGUAUAAUAACAAUAUAUGUCUGUAAAAAGUAUUAACUGUCUUUCAAGGAAACUUAAGGAGUAUUCAAGGAAAAAUCAUGAAGUCUUAACUAUUCUAUCAUUUGUUUGUAUUGUGCAGAAGAAAGAUAAUUAGUAUAGAUGGGAUCUGAACAUUUUCCUCUCUAGCAUUUACAUUUCCAAUUUAAAAAUAGACAGACAUUACAUAUCAAUUAUGAGCAAGUUCAACUUUUUAAUGUAAAGUAUAACCUACUUUACUUUGAUUCUCAAAAAAUGUAUUUUGCCUAAACUUUCCAUUUGCAAACAUUCACACAUUUGCGUAUUACCAAAUCCAUAUGGAGAAACUCUUGUUGCCUUCUAAUUGUGGUCUUGAAACAGUGUGGGAAGCUGGCAAUAGAGACGAUAGUGUUAUGACAUACACUUUGAAUUACCACUGUUCACUAGCAGGUGCAUUAUGGGUAACACGGUACACACUGGCUAUGAACAGACAUAUACAACUGAAGAUUGCAGUGUGGCCAAAGGAAGAAAUAGGCGUCUGUCAGUUAUGUCUUACACAGAUUUAACAUAGAAACACUAUUAAGAAAAGCACUUUAAGGCUACACUACAGUUAAGAUUAAGAAUGUGUUGCUUAUUUUUUGAGAAUAUUCCUGUUUGUCGUAGAUCGUCUUUGUCUUCCACCCAGCUGGAUAUUUUCCCUACUAUCAUAGAUCUCUUGCAUAUUCAUUUUUUUAGGAAGUUGUAGAAAGGAUGUAAAUAAAAAUCAUAUGACUAGUUGAGAAGUCUUAAGCAUAAUGUUUUUAAUGCAGUGAAUUGUGAAAAUACCAAAAUAGCAUUGGACUGUGGCUGUGGUAGUGCUUCAGCUUUGGCAUUUGCACGAGCCCUUAAAACAGUAUUUGAUUCGCUCAUUUCUGUCCUUAUUUCAUUUUAUAACUGUUGAGUACUGUCUAGCUAUGGCCAGAGUAGAGGAAGUUGCUAAUCUGUAGGCAUUGUUACUUAGUUGCCUAAAUCUUUUAACUGUUUUGUGUUAAAAACAUAUGCCUCAUGUCUAUAAAAUUAAACAAAUUAUGAAGUCCACAAAAUCAGUUCAGCCCUUCACCAAAAUAGUUUAGCUGCACAGUAAGCAAGGUAUGUGAUUAUUUAAGUUCACUUUAUAUUUCUCUAUAGAUUGUAAUAAGUGUGAAGCUUCUUGAAGAAUUAAUAUAUUUGAUGUGCCAUUACUUUCAUCAAAGCGGUCACAUUGAUAGGGAUCGGACAUGAGGCCUUAGAUGGAUUCCUAUUUAUCACUUUUGAAGAAACUGCCUACAUUCACUGUUGUUUGAACAGUAAAAUAAGAACUUUGUCAUUCACGAGGUUAAAUGGAAACUUUAGUGCCUUGAUUGGCAGCAGUCCUUCUGGGAGUCUGUGUAUGAGACUCUGAUCUUCAGAGGAGUACACUGUCCUUAACUAGUUGUCCUUGAUGUGAAGGUCACAUGCAGAUUGGUGCAAUUUUUAAGUAAGUUCUGCUGCUUAUGAGUUUGCUGUCCGUUCUUAGUGCUAACAUCCAUCACUCAGCUACAUGACACACAAUUUUUCUUAAGUGCUUGUUUUGAUUUUUGAUUUAUAUGAACUGCCAGCCUUUUCUGCUAAUAUUUUCAACUGUAAACUUAGAGCAGUAGAUCUUUCUUGCUGUAUGUUUUGCAGCAGGCAAAUCUGUAUUGCCUCAUACUUUCUGAUGUAUUUUUCAUGGAGUAAAUUAGGGUGUAUUCACUGGAAACUAAAUUUCAAGAUGGCAAGGAAGAAUUAAUGUCCAUACAGUUGAAAAUGACUGCUUGAUUUCACUGUAAGGGCACUUUUGACAGUGAUGUUUGUAGCUGCUAUAGAAUCACUGGACAGUUAAAAUACAAGUGUUCAAGAUAAGUUACUCAACUACAUUGUCAUUUUGUUUACAAGUAAUUUAAAUUACAGGUUACUCAGAGGAAAACAUUAAGCGGAUGCAUUUGGUACAAAGAGUGUUUGAGAUAAGUUACUCAACUACAUUGUCAUUUUGUUUACAAGUAAUUUAAAUUGGUUACUCAGAUGAAAACAUAAAGCGGAUGCAUUUGGUACAAAGAGUGUUUGUAAGCCCUUUUCCUCAUCCAUUGCUGGUCAGUGCAGAGAAUAUGUAGCCUCUUGUGUACAUGUGCACUACAACCUUUAUUUGGUGGGGGAAGAUGUCUCAUACCUUGAUGAUGGUGAAUUUCUGUACAUUUUUUCAGUGCAUUAUUCUUAUUUGUAUCAUUGGAAAAUGGAAUACAGUUAGUAAUAAAGUAUCAUGUGACAUAA